UCAUUAUAAUUCAUUGAGUUUCACCACAACCCACUCUCUCUUCUCUUUCCCAUCAGCCAUUACAGCAGCAAAAUUUUAUCCAAAAAUGCAUAUGGUUUGGUUAAGAAAUAUUUUUGGCAGCUUCAUAUGGCGUUGGGUGGUGAUGCUCUUUCUUUCUUUAACUUUAACUUUCCUAAUGUCCUGUAUAUUUUUUAUAUUGCUAUGGCCGGCUAAUCAUUUCAUUUUGUUUUUUAAUUCACAGCUUUUACUUUGUCCCUUUCCUGAGAUACAAUCUCUAGACUGCUAUAAACAUCUCAAGGUAACACACUGAGAAAUACCACAAACACUCUGUUAGAGAUGGAGGGGAUAGAGCAUAAGAUGAUUAGUGUCAAUGGCAUAAACAUGCACAUAGCAGAAAAAGGCGAAGGCCCAAUGGUCCUAUUCCUCCACGGCUUCCCCGAGCUCUGGUACUCUUGGCGCCACCAAAUCCUCUACAUGGCAGCUCAAGGGUACCGAGCUGUGGCCCCAGAUCUCCGUGGCUACGGUGACACAACGGGGCCUCCUGUCAAUGACUUCACUAAAUUCACCAUCCUCCAUGUGCUUGGAGACAUCAUGGCGCUCCUUGACAAAAUCGCACCCGAUGAAGACAAGGUGUUUGUGGUUGGGCAUGACUGGGGAGCAUACAUAGCCGGGUACUUGUGUCUGUUCAGACCUGAUAGAGUGAAGGGUAUGGUGAAUUUGAGUGUUCAUUUCCUUCCCAGAAGCCCUGCGAUGAACUUUGUAGAUAUCUUUCGAGGAUUGUAUGGCGAUGACCACUACAUUUACAGAUUUCAGGUACCUGGGGAAAUUGAAGUUGAGUUUGCCCAGAUUGGUGUUAGAAGGGUGGUCAAGAAAUUCCUAACAUACAGCGAUCCUGCUCCAAUUCUUUUCCCUAAAGGUAAAGGAUUUGGGGAUGGCAAUUCACCUGAUACUCAAGUUAUCUUGCCUUCUUGGUUGUCGGAAGAAGAUGUCGAUUACUAUGCUAGCAAAUUUGAGAAGAAUGGAUUCAUCGGAGGAAUUAAUUACUACCGAGUUAUACAUCAAAACUGGGAACUCACAGCACCCUGGACAGGGUCCCAAGUGAAAGUGCCUGUGAAGUUUGUUGUGGGUGACUUGGACUUGGUCUAUAACAUCCCGGGCGCAAAGGAAUAAAUACAUAAUGGCAAAUUCAAGAAAGAUGUGCCGCUAUUGGAGGAAGUAGUUGUCAUGGAAGGUGUAGCACAUUUUCUCAACCAAGAAAAGCCGGAGGAGAUCAACAAACACAUUCUUGAGUUCAUCAAGAAGUUCUGAUUUUCUUACCCCUUCUUGUUGUUUCUUGCAAUAAGUUUGACAACCUAUGGAACACAGUUUUUCUGCCGGUGCCCACUGGUGGUGUUGUCAUAAACUAAUGAAUUAGCUUCUAUAUAGAAAUUUUCAAGUAA